AUGGCUGAACACCCCGUCUUCGAUGCCAAGAACAUGCCCUUUCGAAGGCUGGGUCCUACCGGGCUCCGUGUCCCAUUGCUCUCCUUGGGCGGAUGGCUCACUCUCGGCGGGUCCGUGACCGGUGACCCCGUAAAGGAAAUCAUUAAAACGGCCUUUGAGGCGGGUAUCAACAUGUUCGACACCGCCGAGGCAUAUGCCAAAGGACAAUCUGAGAUAGAAAUGGGAAGGGUUAUCAAGGAACUUAACUAUAAGCGUUCGGACCUGGUCAUAACGACGAAAAUUUUCUGGGGACUUCGCAGCGGGCCAAACGACACUGGACUUUCGCGCAAGCACAUUAUUGAAGCAACCCAGGAAUCUCUCGAGCGACUUCAGAUGACCUACGUCGACGUCAUAUUCGCUCAUCGCUACGACCGCACUGUUCCGAUGGAGGAGAUUGUUCGUGCAUUCAACUUCGUUAUCGAGAAAGGCUGGGCGUUCUAUUGGGGUACCUCGGAAUGGAGCGCGGCCGAAAUUGAGGAGGCUUAUCACGUUGCCACCAAGCUCAAUCUUAUUGCACCUAUUGCCGAGCAAAUGCAGCACCACAUGUUCCACCGCGAACGUCCAGAGAAGGAAUAUGAGGCUCUGUAUCGCAAGUAUAACUAUGGAACUACAAUCUGGUCGCCGCUGGCUUCUGGGCUCCUGACUGGCAAAUAUAACGAUGGUAUCCCGCCCGAUUCUCGCUUUGCCCGAGAAGCUAUGUUCAAAGGCAGCGCUGCGAAACUGCAUACAUCCGAUGAGGGGCUCCAGAAAAUCGAGAAGGUCAAAAAGUUGACCAAAGUUGCCGAAUCACUAAACUCUACCCCGACUGCGUUAGCUAUCGCCUGGUUGGGACUGAAGAAAUCGACAUCGACGAUCAUCCUCGGCGUCAGCUCUGUUCCACAGCUUACGCAGAACUUGGAAGCCCUCAAAGUUUUGCCGUUGAUUACCGACAAGCACUUGGAGGAAAUCGAGGCUAUUUUGGACAACAAGCCAGAGGAAUUCCCGACUUAUUCACGUCCGCCGCUGGAUUUGCUUGGUCGGUUGUGA